GAGUACCUUCCCUUGCAAUUUGCAGCGGUUUUCCCGAGAAUGUUUGAUCACGAAUCAUAUCAAGAUCAGCAUGAUAUAGAUGUCGCACCGGAGCUGGUCCAAAACCCCGAGUCAUCGCUCGUUUGGCGGAGCAAAAAUACCGAGACGAAACGUCGGGAUCGCCAGCUGUUUGUCGACACAGUCAAAAACCUUUGCAAUACAUAUGGAGACAUUUGUGAGACUUUCUAUCGUGUUCUCACGUCGAAAGAUGAAAUUAGACGCUAUUGGUGGUUCUUAGCGGUUAGUAACCAGAAAUUGCACCAAGCUAUGGUCAAGGUAAAAUGG